UGCCCGAGCUUGGUGUGAACAGCCCAGCCCAGACGUGCGGCCCGCCCUGGGCACCCCUGGGGCCACCCUCACCAUGUCCAAGAAGGGCAUGGGCACCCGAGGCAAGGGGGACAAGGCGGAGCUCCUCGCUGCUCUCCAGGCCGCCAACGAGGACCUGCGGGCCAAGCUCACUGACAUCCAGAUUGAGCUGCAGCAGGAGAAGGGCAAGGUGAGCCGGGUGGAGAGGGAGAAGAACCAGGAGCUGCGGCAGGUGCGGGAGCACGAGCAGCACAAGAACGCGGUGCUGCUCACCGAGCUCAAGACCAAGCUGCACGAGGAGAAGAUGAAGGAGCUGCAGGCCGUGCGGGAGGCGCUGCUGCGGCAGCACGAGGCCGAGCUGCUGAGGGUCGUCAAGGUCAAGGACAACGAGAACCAGCGGCUGCAGGCCCUGCUGCACGCCCUGCGGGACGGCGCCCCCGACAAGGCCAAGGUCGUGCUGCUGUCGGAGGCGAAGGAGGAGGCCAAGAAGGGGUUCGAGGCGGAGAAGAUGAAGAUGCAGCAGGAGAUCUCGGAGCUCAAGGGGGCCAAGAAGCAGGUGGAGGAGGCGCUGACCAUCGUGGUCCAGGCCGACAAGAUCAAGGCGGCGGAGAUCCGCAGCGUGUACCAUCUCCACCAGGAGGAGAUCUCCCGCAUCAAGAAGGAGUGCGAGCGGGAGAUCCGCAGGCUGAUGGAGGAGAUAAAAUUUAAAGACAGAGCAGUCUUCGUGCUGGAGAGAGAGUUAGGGGUUCAAGCCGGGCAUGCUCAGAGACUGCAGCUCCAAAAAGAGGCUCUAGAUGAGCAGCUGUCCCAGGUCAAAGAGGCUGAUCGGCACCUGGGCAGCCCCAGACGGGAGCUUCCUCAUGCAGGCGGUGCAGGAGACGCCUCAGACCACUCGGGAAGCCCUGAACAGCAGUUGGAUGAAAAAGACGCUCGGCGCUUCCAGCUUAAGAUCGCGGAGCUGAGUGCGAUCAUCCGGAAGCUGGAGGACCGAAACGCCUUGCUUUCGGAGGAAAGGAAUGAGCUGUUAAAGCGCUUGAGGGAAGCGGAGAGUCAGUACAAGCCACUGCUGGAUAAGAACAAGCGACUUACCCGGAAGAAUGAGGAUCUGUCCCAUACUCUGCGGCGGAUGGAAAACAAGUUAAAAUUUGUCACCCAGGAGAACAUAGAAAUGCGGCAGAGGGCCGGCAUCAUCAGGAGGCCCAGCUCCCUGAACGACCUGGACCAAAGCCAGGACGAAAGAGAAGUGGACUUCCUGAAGCUGCAGAUCGUGGAGCAGCAGAACCUCAUAGACGAGCUUUCCAAGACGCUUGAGACUGCCGGCUACGUGAAGAGUGUGCUAGAGCGCGAUAAGCUUUUAAGAUAUCGGAAGCAAAGAAAGAAAAUGGCCAAACUCCCCAAGAAGCCGGUUGUGGUGGAGACCUUCUUUGGGUACGAUGAAGAGGCUUCCCUGGAGUCCGAUGGCUCCUCCAUCUCCUACCAGACGGACAGGACAGACCAGACCCCGUGUACGCCUGACGAUGACCUGGAGGAGGGCGUGGCCAAGGAGGAGACGGAGCUGCGGUUCCGGCAGCUGACCAUGGAGUACCAGGCUCUGCAACGGGCCUACGCCUUGCUGCAGGAGCAGGUCGGAGGGACGCUGGAUGCAGAGCGAGAAGUUAAGACCCGUGAGCAGCUGCAAACAGAGGCGCAGAGAGCCCAGGCGCGGAUAGAAGAUCUGGAGCGGGCCCUGGCCGAGCGGGGGCAGGACAUGAAGUGGAUUGAAGAGAAGCAGGCACUGUAUCGAAGAAACCAAGAGCUUGUGGAGAAGAUUAAACAAAUGGAAAUAGAAGAGGGUCGGUUAAAACACGAGGUUCAGGAUGCAAGGGACCAAAACGAGCUACUGGAGUUCCGGAUCCUGGAACUUGAGGAGAGGGAGCGGAAGUCCCCAGCCAUCAACUUCCACCACACCCCCUUCGCAGAGGGGAAGAGCCCCCUCCAAGCCUACUGCGAAGCUGAAGGCGUGACGGACAUCCUGGUCUCGGAGCUGAUGAAGCAGCUGGACAUCCUGGGGGAUAACGCCAAUCUGACCAAUGAGGAGCAAGUGGUCGUCAUACAAGCUAGGACCGUCCUGACCUUGGCUGAAAAGUGGCUCCAGCAGAUUGAGGAGACGGAGUCGGCCCUGCACCAGAAGAUGGUUGACCUAGAGAGUGAGAAGGAGCUGUUCAGCAAGCAGAAGGGCUACCUGGACGAGGAGCUGGACUGUAGGAAGCAGAGCUUGGACCAGGCUCACAAGCACAUCCUGGAGUUGGAAGCCAUGCUGUACGACGCCCUGCAGCAGGAGGCCGGGGCCAAGGUGGCCGAGAUCCUGUCGGAGGAGGAGCGUGAGAAGCUCAAGGCGGCGGUGGAGCAGUGGAAGCGGCAGGUGAUGAGCGAGCUGCGGGAGCGCGAUGCCCAGAUCCUGCGCGAGCGUAUGGAGCUGCUGCAGCUGGCCCAGCAGAGAAUUAAAGAGUUAGAAGAAAGAAUAGAAGGUCAGAAGAGGCAAAUAAAGGAGCUGGAGGAAAAGCUUUCAUUCUGUGGUCAUAGCGCGCCUGGCCCCGACACGCCCCCAGAGGAGCCAGACCCCUUUCCUCCAGCGGGACCAGAGGCCAGCAGGGGCCUGGGCAGCAAAACAAGAUGCCACGUCCCAUCCCUGAAGCCCCAAGAGGAUCUGGUCUCUGGGGACCCCGUCCCGUUGAGGAAGAGGGAAAAAGGGGGGCUUUGAGCACCUCUGAGUGGGCACCGGUCCGCUCUGCUGAUCCAGACUCAGAACUUGUUUCUUGACUGGGGCUCCUCUGGGAGCAGCCUGAUCCUGGCUGCUGGACCCUGGGUCCCCCUCGGGACACAGCCUCCUGAUCCCAGUGACAAGGAUGCACACGUUCCCUGCUGAGCAGGUGCUGAGAGCUGCUUCUGUGCAGGGCCGCCCACAAGCCGACACCCCCCC